GUGCUAUCAGCGCGGUCCAAUACCUCGAAGCAGCCUUCGCAUUUGCACUUUUCGCGCAAUUAGCUCUUCCUCCUCCUUAUUUUUCUUUUUUAUUUCUCUCAAUCGAAGAAGGAACGCUGUAAAGGAAACGAAAACCAUGUUUGCUCGCUCGGCUAUCGCUACCCGCUCCGCGGCCCCCACUCUCAAGGUCGCUGGUCAGUCUCGUAACAUGGCCACGCUCAAGGAGAUCCAGGUCCGCCUGAAGUCGGUCACCAACAUCUCCAAGAUCACGGCGUCGAUGAAGAUGAUUGCGUCGACCAAGACGACCCGUGCCCAGCGUGCCAUGAACGUUGCGCGCGCGUACGGACAGGUGUCGAACGACUUUGUGAAGCAGUCCGGUGUCGAGAAGGCUGAGGGUGCCAAGGAGCUGCUGGUGGUUGCGUCGUCGGACAAGGGUCUGUGCGGUGGUAUUCACUCGUCGCUGUCGCGUGCCUCGCGCCGGUACCUGGCCGAGAACGCCGAGACUCCGGUGGUUAUCCUCGGUGACAAGGCCAAGGUCCAGAUCCAGCGUGCGUACGCAAACAACAUCCGCUACAACUUCAACCAGCUGGGCUCGACCAUCCCGACCUUUGACGAGACGUCGGCCAUUGCCAGCACCAUCCUUGCCGACAAGUCGAUCGAGUUCGACAACGCCAAGAUCCUGUACAACCAGUUUGUCAGCGCCAUUGCCUUCGAGACCGGCUCGAUCGAGUCGUUCCCGAUUGCCCAGAUCGUUGAGGCUCCCAACUUUGCCGCCUACGAGGUCCAGGACGAGAUCCUCGAGAACCUGAACGAGUUCCUGUUCGCCAACAACCUGCACUGGGCUCUUGUCGAGGGCCACGCCUCCGAGAUGGCUGCCAAGCGCACUGCCAUGGAGAACGCGACCAAGAACGCCGGCGACAUGAUCCAGAGGCUCACUCUGCAGUACAACCGUGGUCGCCAGGCCGUCAUUACCAACGAGCUCAUCGACAUUAUCACUGGUGCCUCUGCUCUCUAAGCUCUGUGUGCGUGCGAUGCAUUGAAUGUCUCCUUAUCCUCUUUACGUCUCUGUUUUUCACUGUUGGAACAUGGAGUCUCUUUUAAAUCCGGAAAUGCUCUAUCUCCUCCCCCUGUAUUUGCACUAGUUUAUCCCUGCCAGGGUUUACCCCGGGUCAGUAGGUGAUGGAGAGGCGGCAUGCCCAGGCGGCACAAUUGCGACUCCUGUUUCCGGGUACCCGUCCGAUGCGGCCUGGCUGCCUAUGCCGAAAAGUGCAUCAGCGUACAUUGGGGUUGGGCUGCGCGGUGAGUGGGCUGCAAGGACAAUUGGAGGAGUUUAUGCUGAGAGAAACCGUGUAUAUCAACAUGCGU